AUGGCGGCCGACCCAUGGUAUUGGACGGUCGCCCAAGUCGCUGACUUCUUCCGGAAAGAUGCAGUCAACUACAUCACCGACUUGCCGAAUGCCCGCCUGCCGGACACAAACGUGUUCGCGCACAAUAUGGAGGAGAAUGACGUCUCUGGUGCCUGCCUUCUAAACGGCGCCAUCGACACGGCCUUUCUUAAAGACGACUGCGGGAUACGAUCUCUCGGCAUGCGAAGUGCCAUCCUGCAUUGCAUUGCCAAGCUCAAAACUCAGUCCGCGUUUCUGGGCGUGCAGAAGCCUCCUGAGACUUCUGCACCUCAGACUCCUGCCUCGUUGCACGCGUUUCCACAGCCUCAGACCGCAGUUUCGGCAGAGGUUCCAGUGUUUGAUCCCAUUGGACAAAGCGUCGAAAGCAGGAAGAAAAUUCGCAGCGGAGAGGUAGGGAUCCAGGAUGAGCGCGGAAGGAAGCGACGGAAGCUGGAUCUUUCGAACUCGAACUCGCCUUCAGCAGGCUUUAUGGGCGACGCUGGUGUUCCGGUGGACAGACUUUUCUACGGUACCACAGGGUUUGGCCAAGAAAUCAGUCUGAAGCCUGACAGCAGUAUCUUUGUUCAGGCCAAAGAUCAAGGAUUCAAGACCUUCCAAUUCUCGUAUCCGGAGAAGCCACCAGGCGAGGUUGGGUACGUCUACUCGCAAUUGCGCCAUUACUUCAACAUCGAAACCGCGAAAGCUCUUCGACGCCGAGGUCGUGAGGCUUUGGCUAUUACGCCUUAUCGCGAAGAUCUCCUGCCCAAUGAUAAGGCACAAUCCGCCACUGUCUUCCAAAUUGCUCCCGAGCAUCCUAAAAGCGUGAUCAAAGUGAGAGAAAAGGUGUCUCUCCUUGACUCGGAAGUUGACUACAACUUCAUGCCUCAGACCGACAACGGAGAAUGGGACUUCCUCAACCAGAAGUGGAGUGGGAAUGAUGGCCAAGAGUUGCCGGAGUUUGGACAGUCAGACAGCGCGAGCACUUCGCCAAGCCUCAGACAAGAGAUGGCCGAUGAGCAAGAAGAGCAAGAACAGGAGCGUCAGAAGCAUCUGACUGCGGAACAAGUACCUGAAGUCAUCAAUCAGUGCAUGGAGAGCUUCAGAAAUGCGUGGAAGGAGAAGAAAGAACCGCUGCGGGAGAAGAACAACGCAUGGACUGUCUGGAGAAAGACGAAGCGAAGCAGGGCUCUUCGUGAUCAGCUUGUCGACGAUGCUAAAUCCAAAAUCAAGCACCUCGAGAAGCGCCUCGAAAAGCAGAAGGAAUGGUUCAUGGAAGCCACAUGGGAAUCUGCAGACAAGCUUAAAGAGACGUGCUCGGUGAUGGACGUCUCGGUCGAAGAAGCUGAAGAGCUGAAGUGGAAAAUCAAUGUUUGGCAGCGAAAGCAGGAGCCUUACCACGUGGUGCGACACGGCCAACAUUCUUCCUCCAACACGAAGCCGACCGCUCCCGAUUUGACUACAGCAGCAUUUAUCCACCCUGACGAUCGUAUGAGUGUGGAGCCGGCUGUCGAGGACGACUCCAUCGAAGGAGAGCAGUUCCACACCCCCACUGGCAGCCCGGUUGCUCCUCAUGAUGAGGGUAACGACGGAGACGAAUCAGAUCAGAUGUCUGUUGACCAUCAAGCCGAUGCUGGUUUCGUAAUGAGCGCUCCUUCGUCGCCUGUUAGCCUUCCUGAAGCUUGUACCGACGCCCAGAAAGACGGAUUGCAGGCGGCGAUUUCCGAAGACCGUGAUGAUUCUAUCACAGACUCUGAUUCAGACAACAAGCUCGUUUCACCUGCGACUCUGUUCCCUUCUCAGCACUCCAAAAACCGUGAAUCGACGCCGACUCCAGAGAAUUCUAAAUUCGCGACUGCAUGGGGUGAACCCAUCGUGAUAUCAUCCGAUUCGACUCCCGCAGCCACCAAGAAAGGCAAGAAGAGAGACGAGGCCUUUUCGCAGAAGCAGCACAUCAAUGACCCACUAAAUGCCACAUACAACGAAGUCAAAGGCUGGGAUAUGGCGGACCUUAUCUCGCAAUGUGAUCGACUUCGAUUCUUGAUCAAGCUGCUCGUUGACGCGGGAGUCGAGAAGAGAGGCCUCAUGCACAAACACUUGAUCAAAUUUCGCAAGCCGACAUUUGUGGAGAAGUUGAUUGAUGCCUUACUCGCAAUGAGAAAAGAAUACGAAAAGAUGGGCGAUAGCGAGGCAAGCCAGACGUUGCUUGGAUGCGCCAGAAUCUUCGUGGCGUGGUUCCACCUCGCUCCGGAGUUAGCCAACGAAAAUCGAGGCUUCGACAUCGAUUGGAAAAAACUCGUUCAAAACAAGCCUCAGGUGACGGCUUUCACACGAAUGCUAGAGUCCGUGCUACAGAAGAAAGAUGGUAAAAUGUUUGAGCCGCCCAAGUCAAAGCCUGCACCAGGUCCUACGGCAGACUCGGUGGUUGUUGACCUUGACUCCUCAGACGACGCAGAUGAUGGUCCAAAUGACACACCUAGCAAAAAGCGCAAUGCAACACUUACAGCAAAGCUUGCCAAGAGCAAGGCAGUUCAGCAGUCGCAGAUGGAUCAGGUUAAGGCCCUGGAGCGUCAAAAGAAAUUCAAGGCGGCGAAAUCACAGCCCUGCUACUCGCAGCCACUUUCUCAAGAAUCGCCGGCGACUGUGCAGAUGGGCUCAAGCGUAUCAUCCAUACCCGUCAACUUGCUCAAGGAUGAGGACGAGGAUACUAUCUUCGUGGAUCAGCGAAUCGCUGAAACCAUGAAGGAUCAUCAAGUUGCAGGGGUGCAGUUCAUGUGGAGAGAGAUUACCGCAGGAGAUGACGCCCAGGGCUGCAUUCUUGCGCACACAAUGGGAUUGGGCAAGACAAUGCAGGCGAUCACUUUGCUGGUUGCGCUAAAUGAAGCUGCUCAGUCGGACAACCCAGGCAUCUACAAGCAGCUACCACAGCAUCUGCGCUUGCAGAGUGCGGACCGACAGCUUCGUACACUAAUCCUCUGUCCAGCCUCGCUGCUGAUCAAUUGGCGGAAUGAGAUUAAGGCGUGGGCGCCCAAGAAACUUGCCAAUGUGUGGACAAUGGAAGCAACUGCAAAGGCUAGUCACAGAGCCUUCCUGGAAGCAUGGCACGAUAAAGGCGGUGUCUUGCUCGUCGGCUACGAGGUCUUCAGAUCCCUGGUCCUUGGAAAGCUCAAGAUGGAUUCCAAGAGCAAGCAAGAUGGCAAAGACUCCAAAGCCAAGAUAGCUAAGAGGAAGUCAAAGGAGAAGGAGGAAGCAGAAGACUUGAGCGAGUUUCUGACAAUCGAUCCGGAAUUGGUCAUAGCGGACGAAGCCCACAGAUUGAAAGAUGAAAAGUCUCAGCUUUCACUCGCUGCGAGACAGUUCAAGACCGAGAGCAGGAUCGCACUGACUGGUACGCCGAUGAGCAACGACGUCCAGGAGAUCUACGCACUUACCUCAUGGGCGGCACCGACUUAUCUGGGCUCCGCGAAGUGGUUCAACAACCAAUUUGCCAAGCCCAUCAAGGAAGGCAACGGAACUGACAGUACAACCUACCAGCGCCGAAAGGGUCUCAAGAAACUUGCUGUUUUACAUAGCAAGAUCGAGCCAAAGGUUGAUCGGGCAGGCAUUACUGUCCUUCGCGGAUCUCUUUCGACCAAACAAGAAUUUGUCGUCACUUUGCCGCUGCUGGGCCCCCAACAAGCGGCGUAUGGGAAAUACGUCGCUGCCUUGCUGGGCGACGAGAAGAAGGAGAAAGCAAGUCAAGUCGCGCUGUUCUCAUGGUUGCAAAUCUUGACGUUGCUUACCAACCACCCACUGCCCUUCAAGCGGAAAUUGCUCGAAUCUCCAAGACCCUCGAGGGCUCAUCAGAAGGCGCUCGUUGCAGAAGCGGCGGAUUCGGAGAACGGCUCAGCUGCGCCGCAACAAGAGGGCGAUGACGGCGACGAUGAAGAACUGGAGAAGGUCGUGCGCACCCUUGGCUUCAGUGAGCAAGUCAUUCAGGACAUCACUUCCUCAAUAAGCGAUGACUUGAGCGCGAACCUGUCGGCCAAGACAAACCUCUUGCUGGACAUCAUUCAGUUGUCCAAAGCAUGUGAUGACAAGGUACUAGUGUUUUCGCAUUACAUUCCAGUCCUGGACUACGUCUGUGAUCUCCUCCGCGCAUCUGGCAUCAGCUUCGGGCGAAUCGACGGUAGUAUUGCGACAGCCAAGCGUGAGCCAAUUCUGAAAGAUUUCCAAGCGGGCAAAACCGACGUCAUGGUUAUCUCAACCAAAGCAGGCGGUGUUGGUCUCAACAUCCAGAGAGCUAACCGUGUUAUCAUACUUGAUGCACACUUCAAUCCAACCUACGAGGAGCAGGCCAUUGGACGAGCCUACCGCCUUGGACAGAAAAAGUCGGUCUUUGUCUACCGCUUCAUGGUUGGUGGAACAUUCGAGACCAACAUCUAUGACAAGCAGAAGUUCAAGAUAUCUCUCGUGAACAGGGUGGUGGACAAGAAGAACACGAAGCGCGCCGGCGAGAUCAAUACGCGAGAUUACCUGUAUGAACCGAAAGACGUCCCAUUGGCGAACGACUUGACCACUCACCUUGACAAAGACCCAGAAGUGCUUUCCAAGCUGCUGGAACGACAAAUGCAGCGACCGAGCGAGUUGGCGUUGAUACGCGCCCUUGAAAAUACAGAGACCUUGAUGGAGGAGGAGCAGGAGCAACUCACAGCGGAAGAGCAGAAGGAGGUUGACGACGAGAUUCGCGCGGAUCUGUACGAAGGUCGUCCUCACAAGAAAGGUGUCGGUCCCGCGGUCUCGCAGUCAGGUGGCUUUCCGCUCAGAAGCACACAGCCAGCUCCACGGACUAAGAAUCCGAAUAGGGGCGCGCCGGUUGGUGUUCCUUCGCGUAUUAUGGUGACCUUUCCUAUGCACCCUACUUCCUACCGGAGUACCGCUCCAUCUCGAGCUCAGCCAAACGGAGCACACAACCGUCUUCCGUCAAGCACGUUUGUGCAACCACAGCCACAACAGCAGGUGCCGCAGCAGAUGCCACCAGACAUGCCACAUGGAUUACCUGACGUACCGCCGAAAUAA